UGUUGAAGUUUCAGUGGCUGGCUGUGCUUUUCUGACGCUGUAUGUUUUUAGGUUUGUUUUCUUCGAUUUUUAGUAUUGGUGACGUUCAACCAUACCAUUCGGAACCAUAAAUUGGAGUUCUAAAGAUGAAUUCCUGCGUCGACCUAUCCAGGCGCAAUCCGCAGGAGGAUUUCGAGCUAAUUCAGCGGAUAGGAAGCGGGACAUACGGAGAUGUCUACAAGGCCCGUAAUGUCAACACUGGGGAGUUGGCUGCCAUUAAAGUCAUUAAGCUGGAACCUGUGAUUAUGAACUCUCCCACUGGUGAGGACUUUGAGGUGGUGCAGCAGGAGAUCAUCAUGAUGAAGGACUGCAAACACUCCAACAUUGUGGCCUACUUCGGUAGCUAUCUCAGGAGAGAUAAAUUAUGGAUCAGCAUGGAGUACUGCGGAGGAGGAUCUCUGCAGGAUAUUUAUCAUGUGACUGGGCCUCUGUCUGAGUCUCAGAUUGCGUAUAUGUCACGGGAAACCCUUCAGGGUUUGUACUAUCUCCACAACAAAGGCAAAAUGCACAGAGACAUUAAGGGAGCAAAUAUUCUAUUGACAGACAACGGCUAUGUGAAACUAGCUGACUUUGGUGUAUCAGCACAGAUCACUGCCACGCUGGCUAAGAGGAAGUCCUUCAUUGGAACACCAUACUGGAUGGCUCCAGAGGUGGCAGCCGUGGAGAGGAAGGGGGGCUACAACCAGUUGUGUGAUAUCUGGGCCGUGGGCAUCACAGCUAUCGAGCUUGCCGAGCUGCAGCCUCCCAUGUUCGACCUGCACCCUAUGAGGGCCCUUUUCUUGAUGACAAAGAGUAAUUUCCAGCCACCCAAAUUGAAAGACAAAGUGAAAUGGGGAAAUAAUUUCCAUCAUUUUGUCAAAUUGUCCCUGACAAAAAAUACCAAGAAGAGGCCAACAGCAGAGAAACUAUUACAGCACCCGUUUGUGUCACAGCCUCUCAGUCGAACCCUGGCCAUCGAACUGCUGGACAAAUCCAACAACCCAGACCACACCACAUACAACGACUUUGACGAUGACGACCCAGAACCAGAGUCUCCAGUGUCUGUUCCCCAUCGGAUUCGCUCCACCAGCAGGAGCACCAGGGAAGGGAAGACGCUGUCUGAGAUCAACUUUGGCCAGGUGAAGUUUGACCCUCCGCUGAGGAAGGAGACAGAGCCCCAUCAUGAGCCGCCUGACUCUGACCCGUUUUUGGACUGUGCAGAAGAGCUGUACUACACUGCGAGAUCUAAUCUGGACCUUCAACUGGAGUAUGGACAGGAAUCUCCAAGCCUAAUGGGACGAAACAAGAGUCUUCUCAAAUCAGUGGAGGAGGAGCUUAAGCAGAGGGGUCACAUGACACAUUUAGAGCCCGAUGAUGAUGGUGGUGAUGAUGGUGAUGAAACUCAACACAAACACAGUACCAUCAUGAGGCCCAAAGUCCCACCCCCACUGCCCCCCAAGGUAAUGGAUUGAACUCUCACCAGAAUGGAGAGAAGGACAGUGCUACUGAGAGGCAGUCCACCAUGCCCCCUAGUGUCCCCACACGGAAAGACAAGAAGGACAUUACGAAGCCUAUCAGUAAUGGCCUCCCACCCACACCCAAAGUCCAUAUGGGGGCCUGUUUCUCCAAGGUGUUCAACGGCUGCCCGUUGAAAAUCCACUGUGCCACGUCCUGGAUCAACCCAGACACCAGAGACCAAUAUUUGAUAUUUGGUGCCGAGGAGGGAAUCUACACUUUAAACCUGAACGAACUACACGAGACGUCCAUGGAGCAGCUCUUUCCCCGCCGGUGCACUUGGCUUUAUGUUAUGAACAACUGCCUGCUCUCUAUAUCUGGAAAAGCCUCCCAGCUCUACUCUCAUAACGUAGCUGGUCUAUUUGAGCAUGCCCGGCAAAUGCAGAAGUUACCCAUGGCCAUUCCCACACACAAACUCCCAGACAAAAUGAUUCCAAGGAAAUUUGCCAUAUCCAAUAAGAUUCCAGACACAAAAGGGUGCCAAAAGUGCUGCGUGGUGAGGAAUCCCUACACGGGUCACAAGUACCUGUGUGGCGCGUUCCAGUCCAGUGUGGUUCUGCUGGAGUGGGUGGAGCCCAUGCAGAAGUUUAUGCUCAUCAAGAACAUCGACUUCCCCCUGCCCUGUCCCCUGGAGGUGUUUGAGAUGCUGGUGGUGCCGGAUCAGCAGUACCCGCUCAUCUGUGUGGCCGUCAGCAAGGGCAUCGAGCUCAGUCAAGUGGUCCGCUUCGGCACCGUCAACCCCAACUCAACCUCCUCCUGGUUCACAGAGGCCGAUACGCCCCAGACUUGUGUCAUCCACGUCACCCAGUUGGAGAGGGACACCAUCUUAGUUUGUCUGGACAGGUGUAUAAAGAUAGUGAACCUACAAGGAAGGUUGAAGUCAAGCAGGAAGUUGUCUGCUGAGCUGACGUUUAACUUCCAGAUCGAGGCGAUAGUGUGUCUCCAAGAUAGCGUUCUGGCAUUUUGGAGGCAUGGCAUGCAAGGGCGGAGUUUCAAGACCAAUGAGAUCACCCAGGAGAUCUCUGAUAACACGCGGAUCUUCAGCCUGCUUGGAUCUGACAGAGUGGUGGUGCUGGAAAGCAGGCCGACAGACAACCCCACAGCAGCCAGCAACCUCUACAUCCUGGCUGGACACGAGAACAGCUACUGAUCACAGCACACAGCAUCCUGGGAACACAAGACACUACAGACAGACUACUGCUUUAGCUUCACAGGAGACCGAUCCUUCAAGGGUCCACUUCCAACUUGCCUCUUACUUCCUUUUAACACCUGUAUUUAUUGUGGCAUGUAACAAAGAACUGGAUGACUUCUAUAUGAUUUCAUUUUAAAAUGAAGUGUUGCCACCACUGCUAGCAUCUUAGCCCAUACCACACAAGUGCUUAAUUGACCUCUAUUUAAUUGUAAAUAUAAAUGUAGUAUUUUUUCCGCAGAAAGGACCCUGGCUACUCCGGGGUUGUAAAACUAAAGACUGGUCAUGUAGAUAGGUGUUCUAUACCGGUAUGGAGACUGUAAAGAUUUAAAGGGGUGGUUCAGGGGGUCAGUUUGAGCACUAAAAAUGACUUCUUGUUCUCUGAUCAUGUGAUGAGGGACAGGAUUGUAACCCCUCUGAAGUCUGAGCAACAAGGAAGUACCACUUACUGGUAAUGUCAUUCUGCACGCAUCGUCAUCCCAAAUGUGGGAACUCCCUUUGUAGUUUGAGAAAUAUCUAAUGGGAGAUCAACCAUUUCAUUCUUAGCUUCCAUUUAUAACUCUAUGAGAUGAACAUUUCAAACUGUUUUAAUUGCAGGCUUACUUGCCAGCUAAGUUGUAUGCUUUUUUUAAUACUGUGGAAUCACUGGUGUUAAAAUUUGCACAAAAAAGUAUUUGAAAAAAAAAAAGUGACGUCGUAUGUAACUGUAUAUGUGCGUGUAAACUUUAAGUAUACAUACAUAUGUUCUCACAAGCUGUGACACAGGGGUUGCAUUAGCAUAGGUCGAAUUAUUAUGGAACGCUCACUGAACAUUACUGAAAUACUGUAAUGAGACCGUGGAGGGAGAAAUGUCAAAGGUCAAACUUAAACGGACUCCAGCGGUACUGUUUUGAUCACCACAGUUUCAUCAUGUAAUUCUCAAUGGUAAUAUCGAUCAUAUACACUAUAGUCAAAUGGACAAAACACAUUCCUUACUGUUGGACUCAGUGAAGAUGUCAAAAUAAUAUGAAUGUUACAUUUUUUUUAAUGUAAUGCCAAAAUGUGUUCUCGAUUUAUGGCCAAAAUUAGUGCGGUGUCUCUACCUCGUGCAGUGUUGAACAAAAGGAAACGAGUUGUGUAGAAGAAAAAGUCAGUAAAAACACUACAAGAUUCAUGUUGGUUUUAAUUUACACAGUAGAAAUGUGUAAUGAUUAUGGACAAACUAACUUCCUUUCUGGCGCAUUACCAUUUUCAUAUUGCAAUGCACAUUAUAUGUAUAUAGUGUAAAAUAAAAUCUGUUGGUUUUACAUACUGUAUAAUUGCCUAUAUUUUGUUUCAAAUGUGUAACAGAUUUAUGAAACAAGUUAACACAUUAAAAGAAGGAACUGAAGCUUGUGUGUCUGUUUGUCGUAGAGAAAUAUUGAUUGAAAUGCAAAAUAAAUGUUGAAUAAGUUUCA